UGAUCUUGACUUUAAAAUCAAAGAGCUGUUUAUUUUUAUAUUGAAGUCAAUUUUAUAUCUGUAAAAUAAUCGGAUUACAUUUAAAUUGUAUGUAUUGCAGUGCACAUGGAUAGACAGGAGAUCAUGAACUUCAAGAAAUUUGUUGUGCACAGGAUAUUCUGCUAAGACUCAGACAAAAGGGGUAAAAAGAACAAAUUAAAGCAGGUCUGUGUUGCAGCCAAUUGUAAAUCUUUUACAGAUCACCUGCUUGAACAGGCUGAUGGAAUGCAGAGCUCAUCACCUUCACUGGUCAGCAGUGUGCACUCAUGUGUUAGUCACAAGGCUGGAAACAAAGGUCACCUAAUGCUCUUUCAGUGUUUCACAAAUAUUCAGAAUGCUGAAAACACCAGACGUGCUCUUUCUAUUCUGCCUUGUCGGGGCAGCGAACACCCUGUACAAACAGUGGAUUCCUGACACCAACUAUGAGAAUAAGACCAACUGGGACAAAAGCGCUGUUCCAUGUGGAAAUGACAUCGUUCAGUUUUCAGCCCAAAGACAAGUGUCUGUGUUUGUGGAGACUGCACAUGCCCUGCAGGAGAUGAGGUUGCCAGUUAAUGGAGAGUUCAUCCUGAAUUCUGGAGCUGGAUUUCAUGUUUUGGCAGGACAAGAGCCAGGCUGUGGACAAGGUGUUGUGACCCAGUUCAAAGAUUCAGAGCCUCUUCAGUGGUUUAACCCAGCUUUGUGGCAGACAGCUGCAACUCAGGAGGACCUGCAGCAUGGAAAGUUCCUAUUCUCAGUCCAUGAGGAGAGUGUCCCUUGCCAGUAUGAUGAUGUAGUUUUUAAAACCCACUCUUCCUUCAGAGUGGACACCAGCUCCAGUCAGACUAGCAUUCUUGUAAAAUCUGUGUCUGUACUGGGGAAGAUUUUUGGCACCAGAUCUGAGUUCUCCAAAUAUCUCAGCUCCCGCUCAGGUCAGCUGCAGUUUCACGGAUCCUCCGCUAUCACUGUUGGAAACCCGGGCUGUGGGGAUCCUACCGGCUGUGACUGUGGGAAUUCUGUAAACCAUCAACAGAUCUGUAGCACUGUAACAUGCAGCUCUCUGAGCUGUAAAAUGCCUCUUCAUCCUGUAGGACACUGCUGUGAGAUGUGUGGUGUCAUCAUUACCAUCCAGUACGCCGCUGGUUUCAACCUGCAAAACUACAGGCAAAGAAUCUAUCAACUUUUCCUUGUUCUGCCAGAAUACAAAUCUAUACAGCUGGGCAUAUCUAAAGUCUUCAAGCAACAACGGUUGAUUGGGGUCUUACCUUUUGGUACCAUACCUGAGAUCCAGGUGGUUAUUCUGGAUGGAGAGCAGGGAACACAGUCAGAGGCUCUGGCCCAAGAAAUAGUGAAGGAUGCUCGUUCUCAUGGCUCUACCCUGGGAAUCACUGGGGCUGAAUUUCAAGCAUCCUCUGGCAGCAACGGCGUUGGUGUUGGAAUAGUGGUUGGAGCUGUGUUCGGAGUUUUAAUUUUGAUUACACUCAUUAUAAUCGUGAUUGCCCUGAUUCGAAAGGGAGUUGUUAAAAUGCCGUCACUGAACAGCUUGAAAAGAAACAGUGAUGGUGAAAACUUUGGUGAGCCUCUUGAUCAUGGCUUUGAAAACCCCAUGUUUGACAAGCCCGACAUGAUACCUGAUAUUCUUGGUCAGUACAGUAGCGAAACUAAUAAAUCAAUCUCCAUGACUCAGACAGGCGUGCACUUUAUGAAUCCAGUUUAUGAUGAGAAUGAAACAGAUUUUAAUGGCUGA